AUAUUAAUGUUUACGAUAGCAUGCCAGCUUGCUAGUUAGUUAGUUAUUUGGCCGCAGGUUUUCACAUAGCUAGCUAGCUAGCUGGUACAAUUACCAACCGAGUUAGCUCGCUUGUUAUGCUAACAAGCUAGCUAGUUUUGAUCUGAUUCUGAGACGGACAAAAGAAAGCUUGAGCUUAAUCUCAAAAUGAUAGCCAUGCUAGUUAGUAAACUGAUAGCGAUGCUUGGAAAUUGAAGGUAGUCAUUUAGUUAGCUAGUUUGCCCAAUUAGCUAAGUGGCUAACGUUAGCCAGCUACGGUACCGAGUUAUCUCAUGGACACAUCAGAUCAUGUUAUUGUUGUCAUCGUGCAGCUGUGGACGACAACCCGGUAUUUCAUCACGGCAACAUUGAACAUUGAAUCUUUGAUUACUGCAUAUUCUUAGUCACCUGCUGAGUUCUCGACUCCGGAAGUGCGGAGUCCGGAAGUGGUAGACGGGGUUUGGUCCACCUCGGAUUGUCGAUGUGCCAUUUCUAGAAUGGAACCGACUAUUUUGGGUCGGGGUUGUUCACUCUGCGAUUUAACUUGUCGAAAUGGUAGAGUGGUGACACAGGUUGGUGACAGGUGUUCGGCUGGUCAGCAACUCCUGUGUGUUGUGGUCAAUGUAACAGACAGUACGAACAACUCUUCCAGCGUCGUCAUGGGCCAGGACAGAGGGAAGUAUGAUUUCUACAUCGGCCUGGGACUAGCCAUCAGCUCCAGCAUCUUCAUAGGAGGAAGCUUCAUUCUCAAGAAGAAAGGACUACUCCGCCUGGCCAGGAAGGGACAGUGUAGGGCAGGACAAGGAGGACACGCUUAUCUUAAAGAAUGUCUCUGGUGGGCCGGCUUAUUAUCAAUGGCGGCUGGAGAAGGGGCGAACUUUGCAGCGUAUGCCUUUGCUCCUGCUACUCUCGUCACCCCUCUGGGGGCCCUCAGUGUGCUGGUCAGUGCGGUGCUGUCCUCGUACUUCCUGACCGAGCGUCUGAACCUGCACGGGAAGCUGGGCUGUCUGCUCAGUAUCUUGGGCUCUACUACCAUGGUGAUCCACGCCCCUCAGGAGGAAGAGAUCAACAGUCUGGACCACAUGGCUCGGAAACUGGUGGACCCAGGUUUCCUGGUGUUUGCCACCUUCGUCAUCAUCGUAGCGCUCAUCUUCAUCUUGGUGGUGGGCCCUCGGCACGGCCAGACCAACAUCAUGGUGUAUAUUACCAUCUGCUCUGUGAUAGGAGCUCUGUCGGUGUCGUGUGUGAAGGGGUUGGGCAUCGCCAUCAAAGAGGCCAUAGCUGGGAGGUCCGUGGUGGGGAACCCUUUAGCCUGGGUCUUACUGCUCGGGCUGGUGGCCUGCGUCUCCACUCAGAUCAACUACCUGAACAAGGCUCUGGAUAUCUUCAACACCUCCCUGGUCACACCCAUCUACUACGUGUUCUUCACCACCUCAGUCCUCUCCUGCUCUGCCAUCCUCUUCAAGGAGUGGGAGCACAUGGCUACUGCUGAUGUUAUCGGGACUCUGAGUGGGUUCCUGACCAUUAUAGUUGGUAUCUUUCUGCUCCAUGCCUUUAAGGACCUUAGUGUGAGCCUGUCCACGCUGGCGGUGUCCAUCAGGAAGGACGAGAGGCCCGGGCCGGCAGCUAACGGAGUGGCAACACACGGCAGCUACGAACUGCUGCGCAAUGACUCCACAGACAUGAACCUGGAGGAGAGGGAGGUGGGCCUGCCGUUUGACAGCCUGUCCAGGAGGAAUGGUACCAUGACCGCCUCUUAGAGGACCUAGCAGCAGACCCCCCCCCCCCUC